UAGGCUAUAGGCUAUUGCAGUUGUUUACUUCAUGAAUCUCUUCUGCACCGUUUUUGUGUGUUUUAUUUUUCGUAUAAGAUGAGUUCCUAUGUAGCAAACUCAAUUUUUAAGCAGCAAACGCACGAGGCAUCCUCCUGUAACGUCAUGAAUAGUUUAGGCAGUUAUGGCUCUCUCUCUGACUUCGAUCAAGCCAAUUAUGCCUAUAACGGAGGUCUUCAUGAUUUCAACGGAACAUUCACCUCCUCUGAUGCCACUGUAAACUCUCUAAAACGAGAAGAGAUGAACUCUAGCCUGCGAGGCAAUACGGACACUCAAUCUCCACCACGACCACAGUCAUACUCAGCCUUGAGCUCCCGGAACUCCGUGCAGAACUGCCUCAGUGACGGUAUACUGAGCAAAGCGACUGAAAUGCAAAUGGAGGUGGUCGAAACCCCCAGAACUACGACCGAAGAAAGCGCGAUCAAAGUCGAAACUAUGCAACCUGUAAAACAUCAAAUCCACUCGAAGAAGCACCAAGACAGUCAACAGCAGCCGCAGAUUUUUCCCUGGAUGACAAAACUACACAUGAUCCACGAAUCAUCUGACGGUAAACGCUCUCGAACCAGUUACACCCGCUACCAGACUCUGGAGUUGGAGAAAGAGUUCCAUUUCAACCGUUACCUCGCCCGUCGCAGGCGCAUUGAGAUCGCCAAUACCCUCUGUCUGAACGAGAGGCAAAUUAAAAUUUGGUUCCAGAAUCGACGUAUGAAGUGGAAGAAGGAUUCCAAACUGAAAUCAAAGGAUUCGAUAUAAACAUGGAGUUGAUGACUGAUCUGG